CGUCUUCACUUUCUUUACCCUGAAAUCGUGAUGCUUCAGCUCAGUUCAGUUGUUCUAACAAGGCUUCAAGCCAACUUCUGAAGCUAUAUAUAUAUCUCACGAUCAGCUAGCACUCCAGGAGAAGUCCAGUCGAGAGAAAACCGACCAUGGGGGCCGCGCCGUCUUCGCCAAAAGAGACGUCUUCCGUGUCAUCGUGCACCGGCGAUGGCCGUGCCGUGCCGAUGGCGCACAGUGCUGAUUCCACCUCUGGCACAAACCUGCAGGCCCAGUCCAAGCGAGCGCCGGCUCCUCACAUGUUCCGGGAGAUCGUCGCCAACGAGAAGGCUACUGAUUUAGCUGCAAUGGAAGAUCAGGCCUGCACAGGGAUCUUCUUGGCCGGAAAAACAAAGAAGUACUGGGUGGAUGAGAGGACCAGGCACAACUGCUUCAUGCUGCUCCCAAGAGGCCUAGCCGUCACUUGGAGUGAAGACCCCAGAUACUGGACUUGGCAUGCCCUGAAAGAAGGAAGCGACGGCGAAGCUGAAAAAAUCGAGGCAGUGAUGCUGCAGAACGUCUGCUGGUUGGAGGUUCAUGGGAAGCUGGAGCUGUCCCAUCUUACACCGGGAGUCACCUAUGAGGUUGUCUUCGAAGUGAUGCUCAAAGAUCCAGCCUAUGGAUGGUCUGUGCCGGUGAACCUCCAGCUCAAACUCCCCGACGGAACGGUCCAGCAGCGCAAAGAGAAUCUGCUGGAGAAGCCCAGGGAGAAGUGGCUGCAGCUCAAGGUUGGGGAGGUUAAACCACAGAUGGGGCAGAAUGGAGAGGUUGGGAUCUCUAUGUUUGAGUAUGAUGGUGGGGAGUGGAAGAGGGGGCUCCUCAUCAAGGGCAUCAAGAUCAUCCCAAAAAAAUGAUCUGGUUGGUGUUUUAUUAUCGAUGAUCGAUAGCUUUUUGUUUGUCAAAUGCGCUAAGAUCAGCGUGAUGCAUGGGAAUAAUAUUUGUGCUGUUACAAAAUCCAAGACUUCCGAAAGAAUGUUUAUCUUCCCAAAAUUCUUGCACUAGAAAGAAUAUGAGAGUACCUGGUUAUUCUGAACCUCCGAGUA